CCUCUAUGGUUUGGAGGCACUUCCGGUUUCCCUUUUGGUCCAGACCCCACGUGGGUGGGAAGGUGAAGAUAAAAGGAGGUUCAGGAGAUGGAAUCGCUCUUCCGGCCCUUUAAAUGGAGCUUUGGAGAAGUGCCGCAGUUGUUGUUGCUGCUUGAGAGUCGUGGUCACGCUUUCCAGACCGCGAGGAGUUUGGCGACAUUGGGGAAGUCACUCUGGGGAGAGCACAAAGAGGCCCCCAAGGCAAAGCAUCGCCCCGAAGCAGCGCAUCCUAAAGAAAGCAGCGACCUCUCGAAACCCAAGGGGACCCUUCUGAAGAAAUUCUGGCGGCAAUUUCGUGCCCAAGCUUUGCCACCCGGCACCACGGACCUGCAAGGACUGCGCAACGACGAUUUCCCUCGGAAGAAGAGAGUCCGGGCCCAGGUUGUUCUUCCCGUCGAAAGGAGCGAUGGCUCGGAGAUGUUGUUUGGGAUCGCUCCCUGCUCUCUGGCCUUGGCAACGUCAAAAAGGAGCUUUUCCCGACUCUUCCUCAAGGCUGGUGUGACACCCACAACGGAGGCUUUUUCCCGACAAGCGGAGGACCGCAAGAUCCCUGUGCAAACGGUGCCGAGGAAGGUGCUGGAUCGCCUCUCUCACGGUGGCGUCCAUCAAGGGGUCUGUUUGGAGGCCACGCCUCUUCACCCCACUGGCUGGACGCAAGCGCCCGCCCACCGUCUGGAGGGAGCCACCACCGAAGAAGCCCCGCAGCUCCUCUGGCUGGCCUUGGAGGGGAUCCAGGACCCCAUGAACCUGGGAGCCGUCCUGCGCUCGGCCCACUUCCUUGGCGUGGAUGGAAUUGUGAUGAGUCGAAAGAACAGCUGCCCUUUGACUCCUGUGGUCAGCAAAGCCAGCUCCGGAGCCAUGGAAGUCUUGGAUGUCUUCAGCGCCGAUGAUCUUCCAGGCUUUCUCAAGGUGAAAUCCAAGGAAGGCUGGGAAGUGCUGGGAACGGUUGCCCACGCCAAGGCCCAGGACGGCAUCCCUGUUGUGAGCUGCUUGGACUUCCGUUGGAUGAAGCCUACCAUCUUGGUGUUAGGAAACGAGGGCCACGGGCUUUCUCCGGAGACCAAAAGCUUGUGUCGAAGGAUGUUAACUAUUGCUCCGGGGAGAGAGCUGGAACCAGGCAUCGAAUCCUUAAAUGUGUCGGUUGCAGCGGGGAUUCUUUUGCACUCCAUAUGUGCCCAAAAAGCGAAAGCGCCAUGAAGCACGAGAAAAAGAUAUUGGUGGAAUUCUCUAUUAUAUGACAUCAUUUUACGUAGCUAUAUAGUAGAGAUGCUAAGAAACGUUUAAUGGGACAUCUGCACAUCUGUCUCAGUGUGCUUUGGCACUCACUCGUCGGUGUCCCAAUGUACUUUGCAGCAGAUGGAGAGGUUCGUUCGAGUGACAGACAGUGACUGGAUUCCUGUCACUGCCCUUUGGUGCAAGGCUGCUGGACUACGACUACAACCCUUGUGUGGGGCUGCCCUUGGAAACUAACUGCCAUAAUAUUGUUAGUGAUCUGCUGGUCCAGGAUGAAGGGUCUGGUUUGGUCUCUGAAAAGCCUAGAAAACCUUGGGUUGAAUUUUUUGUCUCAAGGAGGCCAUUGAUGUCGUUGUUGAUUUAAUAGGAAGGUCUUCGGAAUAAGAACUUAACACCUUGAUGUGAAAUUUAUCCUGUUUUUAUCACUGUUGCCCAGAUUAUUUGAAAAAAUCAUUUUUAUUGUACAAAAUGCAUGAGGUUGUGGGUGAACUACAGCUGACAUCAUGCCAGGUUAACCCCGAGAAAAUCCGUUUGUUAUGCUGGGCAAGUUUGCUCUAUAGAUGAAGGAAGCGGUGCUCUAAUCUUCCCGCUAGGUGUCGGUAGAGAUACACGUUUUGUUUUUGCUCCAUUGUGGGAGAUAAAAAGGUUGCAGCAAAAAAGGUUAUAACAUCCCUUUCCUCAUCCCUUUUGGCUGGAAGAAGUAGAUGAGAAUAAGACAUUUCUUUCUCCUUGGCGUCUCAAUCUGACUCUCUGUGUAUUCCCCAUGUGCCCCAUAACGUGGCAAUCCUAAAAAAUGGAAUACCUUUCCGAGGACCCACGUUUCAUCUUGUGCUGAUCAUUCACAAUGAUUGCCUGUCCGUUUUUUAAAGAGAUCCAGUCCCUAGAACCAAAACAGAAAUAAACAAGCUGUGGGCCAAGUCAAUUUCCUUUUCUAUUUGGUUUUCCAAUGACCCUGGUGUCGUGUGGUCAAGACAAUUUGAUUCCUAGACGUUUCCUCAGAAAAGAUCAGUGUACGAAGCUAUGGUUUUGAAAUCCCCUCAAUGCUUUCAUUUUCUUUUCCCAAAUAUCACACUCCCCGCAUUGUAUCAUAAAGGAGAGAAUUAAUUGCCACUUUUGUGCUCAUCAGCGAGAUCAGAAACAUGCUCUCUGGUUACUUUGGUUUUGUAAUAUCUCCCUUCUUUGAUGCUCAGCAAAGAUAUCAAUGAUUUCAGUCGGUAGAAAAAGGAAGAACGAGGAGGUGAUCAGGCCUCUAUGAGGAGAAGAUGCGGUAAUGCUGACAGGGAAAAGGUAGAACUACUUAAUGCCUUCUUUGUCUCAGUCUUCUCACAAAAAGAAAGCCAUCCUCAAUCUCAGCAACAUGGAGUAGACGAAGGAUUAGGGGAAAUCCAACCCCAAAUAGGGAAACAAGUCAUCCAGGUAUACCUAACCACUUUAAACAAAUUCAAGUCAAAGCUAUCAAUGGUUUCAGUCAGUAGAAAAAGGAAGAACAAGGAGGUGAUCGGGCCUCUGCAAGGAGAAGAUGCGGUAAUGCUGACAGAAUAGGGAAAAGGUAGAAAUACUUAAUGCUUUCUUUGCCUCAGUCUUCUCACAAAAAGAAAGUCGUCCUCAAUCUCAGCAACAUGGAGUGGACGAAGGAUUAGGGGAAAACCAACCCCAAAUAAGGAAACAAGUCAUCGAGGAGUGCCAGGCCUCUCUAAACAAAUUCAAGUCCCCAGGCUGGAUUAACUACAUCCAAGAGUAUUGAAGGAACUUGUGGAAGUCAUUCUGGAACCACUGGCAAUCAUCUUGGAGAGUUCUUGGAGAACGGGAGAAGUCCCAGCAGAUUGGAGGAGGGCAAAUGUGGUCCCGAUCUAUCUACAAUUACCGUCCGGUUAGCCUCACGUCGAUACCAGGCAAGAUUCUGGAAAAGAUCAUGAAGGAAGUGGUCUGCAAACACUUAGAAAGGAAUGCGGUCAACACGGAUUUACCUAAAACAAAUCAUGCCAGACUCAUCUGAUCUCUGAGCUGGGUAGAUGCAGGGAAUGCAUCGAUCUUGGCCUGAAUUGCCUUUGUACUGAUAGCUUGCUCCUGGGCUGCAAGGAUCGGGCCUUCUGUCUCUUUCUUCAGGGUCCCAUUUGUGAGCCAGAGCCAGGUCUUCUCCUUAUCAGCUUUUCCUUCAGUUUUGUCAAGGAACUUUCCAUGCAAUGUUUUGUUGUGCCAGCUGUCCGCUCUAGUUUGUAGUGCGGUUUUCUUGUACUGAUUCUUUGUCUGUUGUGUUUUGAGGAGUUAUUAUAUUAUUAUUAUUAUUUAUCAUCCUAUUAUUUGUCUCCUUUCCUGCUCCUUAGACCGCCUUUGAUGGAAUAAACGCUCCCUUUGGGUGA